AUGCUUGGGAUACCUCUCGCCCUGUGCUGCUUGCUGCCAGCGAUAUUAGGACUACCCCUCGAGGAUCAGUACGAGAUUCCUGAAGCGUAUAAAGCAUUGACACCACAUGAUCUGGCAGUGAAAGCGGGGUACCAAGCGGAGUCCUACGAGGUCGUCACGGAGGAUGGGUACAUUCUGGGCUUGGAGAGGAUCACCGGAUCGGAGAAGAGUCCUCCGGCUGCUGGCAAGCCUGUUGUAUUACUCAUACAUGGACUUUUAGAUUGCUCCCCCAGCUGGGUGUUCCCUGGACCGGAGAAGGGUUUCGCUCUGAUGCUGUCGGAUUGGGGAUACGACGUGUGGAUGGGCAAUGUACGUGGUAAUAGAUAUUCCAGGAAGCAUGUGAAUCUGACUGUUUCAAAUCCGGAUUAUUGGCUGUUCAGUUGGCACGAGAUGGGCGUCUACGAUAUUCCAGCGAUGAUCGAUUACGCUCUGAAAAUAAGUAAGCAGGAGAAGCUGUUCCUCGUAUCGCACAGUCAGGGUGGCUCGGCAUUUUUCGUGAUGGCCACAGAACGACCGGAGUACCAAGAGAAAAUCAUAGCUUCUUUCGCCCUCGCACCAGCAACUUUCAUGAAUAAUUCAAAAAAUCCUCUUUUGAACAUUCUAGCUCCUCACUCUAGUGACAUCAAGUUCAUGUUAGACUUGAUCGGUAUGAGCGAAUUUAAACCCUCGAAAAAAUUGAUACAGACCCUAGGAAAAAUAGUAUGCGACGACCAGUCGUUCUUACAACCAGUGUGCAAAAAUAUUGUAUUCCUGAUCGGUGGUUUCAAUGACAAGGACAUGAAUUUGACUUUGUUGUCCACGGUGGUUCAAUACGAUCCUGCUGGCGCGUCCACCAGACAAUUCGUACAUUACGCACAGUUAAUGACUUCGGGCAAGUUUAGAAAAUAUGAUCAUGGUUUAAUUGGUAAUAUGAAAAAAUAUGGACAGAUUCAUCCACCUGAUUACGAUUUGGCCAAAGUCAAAUUGCCAGUAUACAUAUAUUACGGUUCUAACGAUAUUCUGGUCGCUCCCGAGGAUACGCGUAAAUUGUAUGAAAAGCUGCCAAACGCACAGAAAUUCUUGGUACCGUACGAAUACUUCACGCAUCUAGAUUUCUUAUGGGGUAAACACGUUGAUAUAUGGGUGUACAAUCAAGUCUUAAGUCUUAUGGAGCGCUACAAAAAAUAAAUGAAAUGAA